AUGUCUACCCCCCUUCCCAAAAGAGAUGAGCGCUCUGCCCCAAAGUUUGACCCGAAAAAUGAGGCACUCUUGCCGAACUUCUUCGAAGAGUUUGAACGAACAGCUAAGGCCGCAGGGAUUGAUGAGGACAGUGACAGGAUGAAGAAGACCGUAUUAGGGUACCUCGACGCCAAGACCAUGAAGUUCUGGCAAUCCCUGGAUACCUUCGACGACGACGCUAAGACAUGGGAGGAGUUCAAGACCGAAAUUCUCGACUAUUACCCAGGUGCUACAGGAACUGCCAACGUCACUACCGAGGAGCUGGUAAGGGUCGUCGAAACCUUCCAGAAGAAGACUAUCUCGACAACCCAAGAACUGGCCGAGUACCACCGAGAGUUCGCGGUGCACUACGUCUGCCCCUUCCCGGAGAGCAUCCGGUCGCGUAUCGACACUGGACUCUAUGUCCACUACCCUACUAAGAAAGUAGGCCAAGCCUAUACCAUCAACGAGAUACGAAAAGUCGUUACCUUUCUCCUCUCAGACGCCUCAGCUCCAGUUAGCUCAGGAAGUUUUCGUAGUGGGGAUCGGAUGACGAUCCCCCAUCCUACAACCAUGGACACACCGGUAAUCAAAACCGAAUCCAAAGACUCCGAAGAUUCUCUAUCCCAGCAAGUAGCUGCGCUCACACAAAUGAUGCAGCAGUUCGUAAAGGAGAAUAAAAACAGAGAUGUCCGGACACGCGAGCUGCGCAAACCACGAACAGAUAAAACUUGCCCUUGGGACGGGUGCACUAGCAAAAUGCUGAAAGAUUGUCCGGAUCUGGUGGAUUGGGUCGCAAAGGGAAGAGUGGAGCGAAACGAACGAGGCUUUGUUCAGUUGAAAGGAGGACGAGACCUACGAAACGAAACCAAGUACAAGCGCGGAUUGGUGAAGACUCGAUUUGUCACGAAGCGGCAGAGGCGAAGUGACUAG